UGUUUAUUCAUAGAAGUUUGUUUUCAGUUUCAGAGAAAGUAAUUGCUUUCCCGCAGCGACGAACUCCAACAGCGCAAGAGAAAUUAUACGAAAAUGUUUUGAAGAAUUACAGCAAGAGUUCAAGGCCAGUUAAUGAUCCGAAUAAAGCUUUAAAUUUAUCUUUCAAUUUUGAACUGACGAAAAUUUACGAUGUGGUAAGUCAAACUUUUCUCACUCGCGCAUGCGGUUAACACAGGCAAACGAGAGGGGGGCCUGUUUUGCCGGACAAUUUGCUAGGACUGCCCUCCUCGGCAUAAUGUAUUUUGUUAAUGUACGUUGCCAUAUUGAUAUCAAUGUUUAAGUCAGAUGGAAAUUUGUUUCAUUAGUGAGGAAACUAGUUUUUCUGAUUCUGGUCAGUUAUGUAUAGUACGUUUCAGUAUCAAUAUGUGUUCAUAAACAUAUAACAUAUAACUUUCGUGUCGAAAUUUGAAUUUUCAGUAGAUUUCUUUGACCAGCAUGUGGUACCGAUGUAAAAGUUCUACGACUGUUGCCGACGACUCGCUACGGACUCAUGUGAAAAGAGUCAGUCAACGCUCUGCCGAAAGUCGUGGGUUUUCACCGGGUGCUCCGGUUUCCUCCCACAGGGAAAGUUAACAGGGCGGGUUAGGAUAAACACAGUUAGGAAACUAUAAUGCCGUAAUGUAAUAAUCCCCCGAUCAAACGAGGAUCAGGGAGAGUUAAUGAGAGUUGCAACUCUCGCUCGUCUUUGAACGCCAACUCUCAUCGACUAACUCGAUGAAGACAGACAAGACGACAAAUUAUCUCAUCUUUAACUUGUCUGUCUUUAUUGGAUUAAUCAAAAUCCUGUCGCCAAGGAAAAAUUUGACACAAAGUUGGACACAAUCGAAUAUCCACCGGGCCACCUCAUAUCAUUUUGUGAACAGUCUUUUAUGACAUUAAUUUGACUAAUUUCUGAUACCGUGGGAAUAAAUAUUCCAACCUGUUUUCACUGUUUUGCGUUUUAAAUUUUGUUUUAUUUAUAUUUUCGCUGACUUUUAGGGAAUUUCUCCAAUUAGUGCCACUGCAGGUGCAUAUAGUUUUAAUAAUAAAGCUGUUAAUUGUUUGAUAUUAAUGCGUUUCGACAAUGCUAUAGUUCUCAUUUAGUAUUCAUACAGCAUCGAGAAAUAGCGUAAUUUAUAUGCAUAGAUAUAGGACCAGAUAGAAAUCUUUUCCCAUGCCUGUGGGCCGUGGCAAUAUCUAUUUUAAAAUCAGUCGGUGACGUAAGUCUACGUUCACACGGGGCUAGAUAAAUUCGAAAUGAAAUUUAUCCGUUCCUACUCAUUUUCACACGGAACUGGAUUAAUUAUGAGACAAACAUCUCAGUCAACCUCAAUCCUCUGGCUCUACCAUGCAAAUGGUCUUGAAAAAGACCGCUUCCGCUGUUUACAUGGCAUCGUCUAAUUUAGCUAUAUAGGAGCCAUUCCGGUACAAAACAAGACCUAAUUUUAUUUGGUCUCGAAUUCGUACGGUCAGCUGUGCUACACACGUAAAAACGCACAAGUUGUAACAAACCUGCAGCAGACUUGUAGCAAUGCUGUUCCAACAACUUGUCAACAGGAUGUGUUCGCACUGCUUGUUCUCAGCUUGUUGACAAGUUGUCAACGGCUUGUUGACAACUUGCUACAAGGUUGUUGAGCUCAACAGACUUGUUACAAGUUGUUCCAACAACUUGUUAUCGUCCUGCAAUUCAACAAUUUGUCAACAAGUUGUGAGUGACAACCUUGUGGCAACUUGAUAAAAUAACAGCACUGUUACAACUUGUUGACGAGCUUGCUACAAGCCUGUUGCGCGCGAACACAUCUUAUUGACAAGUUGUGAGAUUUUUAUAGAAUUCGUCCGGUAUCAUGCGUCCCGCGUGAAUGCAAGCCGCGAAAUGGGCCGGGACGAAUUUGAAUACGAUGCUGAAACCAUCCGGCCCCAUGUAAACAGGGCCUAAGUUACAUUUUUUGCUUUCCCAGAUUUCAUUACUUAAAAUUCGGUUCAAUCCCAUCAACGUAUUUCGUAAUUUUUGAUUGAAAAAUAAACGUUAAGACUUAAGACUUCUGAUGGAUACACGACAUCAGAGCUGACGAGGGCUCAGGGGCGGCGGAACAGGGGGCUAGGGGGGCUAAAGCCCCCCCCAGAAGUAAAAGUGGGGGGGGCUUAGCCCCCCAGAAAAUUUUGUUUUUUCUGAAAAAAUUUUGAUAAUUAAGGAAAAAUUUAGUGUAUUUUUUGAAAAUUUAGGUAUGAGGGGAAAAAUUUGCAAUAUUUUGUUUAAAAAUUGUGUAUUUCCGGAAAAAAAUUUUGUUAUAGGUCCGGAAAAAUUUUUUUCAUCCCUUUUCUUGUAUAUGUCCGGAAAAAUUUUUGUACCCCUAAAAUGGUACACUGACCGAAAUAUUUUUGGCGACGGGGGGGGAAGGUCACGGAAAAAAAAUUUAGCCCCCCCAAAAUGAAAUCUGUUCCGCCGCCACUGCGAGGGCUGGUAAACGACUUUGCACGAGGGUUAAUGAGAAAUGGGUGAGAGUUGUUGACUGGUGCCAGGCAUGGUAAAAGCUCUCAUCACCACUCAUCAACAUUCAACCAUCUCAAUUUUCAUGAGAGUCGAUAAGAUUCGGCGGUCAAAUAUGAGCGAGAUCUAGUUUCAAACUUUCAUCAUCGUUUGACCUGAGGUUUUAUCUGGUGAUGGUCUACAGUUCCACUAUGAGAAUAAAAAAACAAUGCCAAAAACAUCGUCUUUCUUCUAAAAAUGCAAAACUGGGAUAUUCAAAUUUCAGCACCAGUUUAAAAUUUGGCAUUCUUAGCAAUGCUCUUAGUAAACCUUACUCCAGCUUCAAUCGCCUGGAAAUUUACCUGAAAUUACUCACGAACAAAUACUGGGAGGGUGCCACCCCAUGUUGUUACCCCUCCUCCCACACACAUACACCCUUCAUCGGUCGCUGCGGUUAGUCCUGUAAGUAUGAGUUUUUCAUUUCAAUAUGUUUAUCUGAUGUUCUUUUUCUCACAGAACGCAAAGAUGCAAAGAAUGAGUGUCGUAUCAUUUGUGAGACAGGUAUAAAUUUUGAAGUUGGCAUACUUAGCUGGUUGCAAUAAACCUAGCUGCAUAAGUAUAAGUAACAUUGUAACAAAUUACAUUUGAUUAAAACCUGACUUGAUGUCUAGGAGUGGCACGAUGGAUCGCUGUGCUGGAAUGCGUCUGAUUAUUCUGGCUUUUCUUCAAUAAAUAUCGCACCGAGUGAAAUCUGGGUUCCCGAUGUUGAAUUGUACAACGAGUAAGUAGUUCGGCUCAAACACCGCAGAUUUUUCCAAGGAAUUUCGGGUCCUCUUCAGUGCAGUAACAUUCUAGCCCUUACUUGGGACUUUUGGGAAGAACAGUUUAGAACUGAUAAUGAUAUCUAGUAGAAAAAAGUUAUUGCAUGUAGUUUAAAUUUCUUCCUGUGAUAACACUGAAGCAAUAACGAUAUGGUUCUUACUGGACCUCUAGAGAGAAAAUUUGAUUGAACUACAGGUCCAGUUUAAAGAAAGUUAGUCUACUUUAGAUUUCCCCUUGUUAUAACUCUGGAAUCUGGAUCAAUACGAGAUGGCUGUUGCUGGAGCAUUCCGAGGAACAGUUUAGAAGUGACAAUUAAGAUAUCCAGUACUAAUAAAAUUAGUAAUUUAGUUUAGGUUUCCUUAUGUAACACUGAAUCAAUUAAGGUGGGCCUUACUCUACCUCUAAGAGGAACAGCUUGGAACUGCUAUGGCUAUCCAGUAUAAAUAAAAUACGAAUAGCUUAGGUUUAGUGGAGAGAUCCAAUUGUACGGCCAUCCGGAGGCGUGCAUGGUCGCCCGGAAAAUGUUAUAGUUGGGGGAUUUGCAAAAUGCAUGGGCAUUUUAGACACGUUUUAUGAUAAUUUGAAAGCUAAAGAUUUAGUAUAUUUUAUGUCAUAGAUGAGAGCAUUACGAAGCUACACCCCCCCACCAGUUUCUCUUUAGUCAGUUUGAAAGAAUUACAAAGUUGGUCAUGACGAAAUGUGGGGGGCAGCGGGUGGUCCAUACCCACAUUACUCCUGUAACUAUGCCUCUGGGUUUAGUUUCGCUUUAUGUCUAUUUUGUUCGUGUUUAGAAUUGAAAACAAGGACCACAAGAAAACAGGGAUCACUACACAUAUCAUCGUGUACUCUAAUGGCACAUGCCGCUGGACAUACCCACUGUUUCUGCACGCCAUGUGUUCCAUAGAUGUCUCAUUCUUCCCUCUUGAUCUCCAGAAAUGUUCGCUUCGUUUUGGCUCCAUCUCAUACCCCUCGAGUGAAGUAUACAUCACCCAACCCAGGCUUCUCCAUGUUAUUCCUGCUUACAAGAAUGAGGAGUGGAUUGUCUAUGAGACAAGUAUAAAAACAGAAAAUAUUUGGGAUGAAAAAAGAAUGAAUAAUUUCUCCAUAGUUGAGAUCACAUUGAGUAUGGAGCGAGAUUUUCUGUAUUUUUUUGUCGAGAUGCUAACACCAUGUUUUCUUAUUUCUUGCUUGACGAUCUUGGGUAAGUUUGUGUUUACGACCGGCUGAUUAGCCUCACUUGAAAGUUGAAACAGUGCAAUGAUUAGACAAAAAAAACAAUGGAGAUAAAGGGAUGAGUAGAUGCCAUCUGCAGUAGUUUGGUCCGUUUCCCGUAUAUGUUAUAAUGCACCGUGUCUGAAAUAGCUUUGAAUUCUUUUUUUACAGGAUUUGUUCUACCUCCCGAAUCUGGAGAGCGAAUGAGCCUCGGAAUGCUAAUCCUUCUUGCGAUGACAUUUUUUCAACAACUCACGAUGAAGGUGGUACCUUUGCAAGAUUUUCCGCUUAUUUCACAAUAUUUUCUUGUCACGACCAUUGAAAUUGGCAUUGCAUUGCUCAUCACAACACUGACACUCAAUUUUUACCAUCACUCCCACUCGGAGAUGCCUGGAUUUAUGAAAGUGAUAAUACUCAAUUAUCUUGCUAAGAUUACGCGAAUUCGACCGCCGUCUGAAGAUAAGAAGCAGAGGAAAAUUAAACGUUCUUUUAGGCUCUCGGAAAGAAAAUUUCAGCUUUCUUCUAGCUCACGGGAUACUAAUCCUGACUUGCAGUUCGAUAUAGAACUAACAGAGACCACAUCUACGAGGAAUGACAUUUUGGAAGCAGAUUUAAAUGAUUCAACAGUGGGUCUAGUGAGUUUUAAAUCAACGGAGGAGAGCAGUUCAACUUCAAGUUCGUUAAGGGUAACUAGGAGUGAUGAGGAUACCCCGGAUAACAUAGAACAAGAUGGGAUCGAGGAAGGUCCGAGUGAUUGGAACAAGGACUGGGUACUAGCGUCCAGGAUCAUAGAUCGUUUCUCUAUGUACGCGGCUAUGGUGAUUGGAAUACUGACGGUGCUUAUUGUGUUUGUAAGAGCACCGAGAUUCUGGUAUAGUAGGACAGGAUUAGAUGGAUAGAAAGGAGUUAUUUUGCAUUGAAAAGAACCGAGAAAAAGCCAAAACUGGCGUCUUACGGUCUUACCCAUCCAGCAUAAUUUUGCACUAUUUCGUGGCUUUUUGGUUCUGUCAUAAACGUUUUCUUACCGAAUAAUUUGAACAGUUCGUCCUUGUUUAAAAAAGCCAAUCUAUACUACAAGCAAUUCAGUUGGCGGGCUUUUUUAACAAACUGCUCACCCUGUUGAAGACGUUGCCUCUACAGCGUGCAAUAAAAAUACUUUUUUGGCCGAACUUCAAUCAAAAAAGUAUAAUUAAUUCAUCAUUGCACGCUGCUGCCAACAUCAGCAGUUUAAAUAACGUGACAGAUUGAGAAUUAGUCGAGGAAUUCCUCAAAUCGCAUAUAGAUAAAACUUAAUCUUUUUUUCAAAUUUUUCAAGUUUUUGAACACAUCAUAUCGGGACAAACUAUCUUCUGCAUAAAUUGAAUCAUUAAUAUAAUCAUUAAUUUAAUCAUUAAUAUUUUGCUUGCUAAAAAUUU